UGGGGGCGGUUGUGGCACUCGACGUCGCUCGACCAGGCUGGGGCUUGACCGAAUAGUAUAGUAGUGGUGUGGCCCCGAGGAUUGUUCUAGUGGCAUCGCUGACCGUCCGAAGCUUAGGUUGUGAAUAACUUUGUUUUUCAUUCGAAGAUGCUAGAAAAAAAGUAAUACAGUUUUUCAUUUGAAAAUGCUAGUAAAAAUAAUGCAUAUAGAUCGUAUUUCAUGAGAGAAAUAUCUGAAUGUAGGAAAAAAGAACAGUGGACAGUUUAAUAUUAAAGAAGAUCCUCUUACAUAUGAGUGAAGGAAAAGACUUCAACAGAAAAGUCAGAAUAAAAAUAAAAAAAGGUUCCAUAUACAGAGUCGCAGGAAAAGGCAGAGGAAAUGUAGUACCUAGGUGGGAUUUAGACAAAGAAGUUGGUAAAAAUGUUAUUUUUUUUUAAAACACAGCAAGAUUUCUGAAUAAACCAGUGUUAAAACCACAGGAAGGCUUACAGCAGCAAAAAAUCUGACGAGUGUUUAAAUCAGAAAAAGAACAGUUUGUUGAAAAUGUAUAUAUAGGAUACUGCUUUGCUUGUAGCAAAUUAAAACAAAAGAUUCAUGAAAAACUAGUCGAAUUUGUGAGUCUAAAUAAAUAAACGCAGAGAAGUUCAGCAGAAACGCAAGUGGAUUCGAUGACUCGUGAGAAAAAUAUAGAUCAAGAGGAUAAGUGAAUUUGUUCAAUUUCAUGGGAGAAAUGAAAGACAAACGCUAAGUAAUUUUGGUGUCGUUCAUAGAUGAGACUUAAACAGAAGCUAAAGUGAUUUAGGUGACUUUCAUGGGUGAAAUUAGUCAAAAGCUUGAGUGAAUUGUGUGACUUUCAUAGGAUAUGCUAAACGAAAGCUAGGGUGACUUUUGUAACUUUCAUGUGAUUUAUUAAGCGAAAGGUUGAGAAAAUUUGGUGACUUUCAUGUGAUAUAUUAAGCGAAAGCUUGAGUCAGUUUGGUGACUUUCAUAGGAUACACUAAACAAAAGCUAGAGUGAAUUUUGUGACUUUCAUAUGAUAUAUUGAGCGAAAGCUUGGGUGAAAAUAGACUUUUGUUUAAUAUUAAACAAAUGCUUAACUAAAUUGGGCGACUUUUAUCAGACAAAUUAAACAAAAGUUAGGUGAAUUUGAUGACUUUCAUAAGAUGUAUUAAUCAAAAUGAAGUGGAUUUAGUGACUUUUAAUAAGGACAAUUCAGCGAAAACCCAAGUGAAUUAGAUGCCUUUCGAAAUAUGACUUAAGCCAUCAGUGAAUUCGUCAAAAGUCGAGCCAAGUCAAGUGAGCGAAUUAAGGCUGAAAUUCACUUUCAAUAUCCUUCCUUACCAAAAAAUCUAUGCGACUUUUAAGGCCUAAGUCGCCCAGCAGGAUGCUCAAAUUUUGCAGUGGCCGGAAGAGGGACUUUGAUGUCACCUCUACCGGCAAGGCGGGCGGCGCAGGCGUGCGGGCGGGGUGCGCAGUGAAAGCCAUCAAUGGCACGCCCACGAGUAAGCUCUCCCUCUCCCACGCCCACGCCCUGACCAAACAGGGAUCGACGCUCACCCUUGAAAUUGACGACAACUCCGAGGAGCCGCUCGCCCCACCAUUGCACGUCGAGUCUUCCAACUCCCUGACGAACUCCACCUCCGGCUCCUCUUCCUCCUCCACGGUCUUGGCGGCAAAUGGACACAUCUCAUCCGUGAAGUACAAAGGAGUUUUCAUGGAUGUGUUGUUGCGGCGUGCAGACAGUCUAAGCUCGAGCGAACGAGCGGGAGAAACCAGGACCGACACCGUAGCUUCAGACACCGAGAAAUCAGACGAUUCUGACACAACAGUCAUCAUCCUAGAAACAUACGGAGCCGACCCAGAAAUCCUACGGACUUUUGAAGAAGACCACCAACUCGUCGACACUGAUGACAUAGAAGACCAGCAUGACCCUUACUACAGGCAACAGCAGCAACAGUCUCUCAGAGUAGCCUCUGGACAGUCUAGAUUUUCAAAUGAAAGUGACGACGGGGAACACAGCUCACAGACAGAUACCUCGACCGACACUCUGGUGUUUGAUUUAGCUCAGUACGAAGGAGAGUCGCUCGCAGAGCCCACAGGACCUUACGUGGAGUACGACCUAGCUACGGGCGCUGUGAUAGAAUUUCCGAACGAAAACGGUGACAGCGAUACGCUCAAGCGAAGUCGAGCCGAAGAGAAUCCCUCCGCUUUGGAAAACGAGGACUCGUUUUUCGUGAACUUCGAAGAGGAACUAGAGAAAGCUGAGAGGCAGUACCCAGAGCUAGAGGUAGAACACUUACUCACAGAGCAAGAAGGAUACGAGGAAGAAGAAGAAGAAGACGAAGAGGAGGACUCAGGACAAGAAGACGAAGAGGAAGAAGAGGAAUUGCAUAUCAUCAUACCAAACAUUGCAGUGAAAAGAGCCAGUGAAUAUCCAACAAUUCAAGAGAGCGAAGAGGAAGACGACGACUCCAUAGGUUCACCACCCAGAAAGAAGCUGGAUUCCAAAAUGGGUCAGUACUAUUCAAGUGCAUCGGGAGGAGAUCCUUCCAGAGGGGAUGUUUCAGGAUCCCUUCCCUCUUCCCCUCGAUCAUCUGAAGGAUGGAGGAUGUCGAUGGCCUCCACCGCAACUGUGGCCUCCACGACAACUGCGAACUCUGAUGAUACUGUGGCAAAAGACAUGUCUGAGCUUUCAUCUAUCAACUCACGACUCUCAUGUUUAGAUGAAACUCAGGAUGAAGUGAAACCUUCCCCAGCAAAGGCUCAAACUUCCAAAGACCCAAAUGGUACACCAAAAGGAACACCACAGCUGGAACGUAAAAGACAAACGAGCAUCAAAGAUGCAAUUGAUGAGCUAGAGAGCAUUGAGCAGGCUGCUCAAAAUCUUCUGCAAAAGAGACAAUAUCCAGAGGAAGAGAGCGCAAUGCCAACUCAGUCUCAAGAUACCAUCAAGAUAUAUUUUACGGAGAAGAAAACUGUUGAAACAACUAAACACUCUGAGCACCUUGCUGAGGGGAGUGGCAGUACAAAAUCCAGUCAUGCAAAAUCCCCUUUCAGUCCCCUUUCUCAGCAUGCUACAGGCGAAAAAGGACAAACUGACACUGUACACUGUCAGAAUGGCUCAUACGAUGUUACAUGCACAGAAAUAGAUUCUAAUGAAAAGUCAGUAGCCCAAGUAUUUGCUGAAACUGCUAAUAUAAAUGGCGAGGAUAAAUCUGACCAACAGGGUCCUGAUAAUAUAAUCUCUGACGACAAACCUCCUCUGCCACCAUCAGCAGGCAUUCAGCCACCGAAAGUCGAUAUCAAGCGACGCUGGUGGUCAAAGAGCAAAGAACUGCAGCCAUAUAUAUCAAGAGAAUCAUACAAUGAUGAGCGAGUUUUCAAGGAGCUUGAGAGACUACGCAGAAGUUACCAGGAGAGUGACCUGAAUGACUUUCUGGACACAUUAGAGAGCACUCAUAUUCCCGACGAUAUCGACGAGGCCUUCCUGCGCCAGCUUUUGCUUGACAUUAAAGUUGAUGUUGAAGGCGUUGAUGAUGUACCUGAAGAGGACAUCGAAAUUCCUGACAUAGAGAUUGUUGAGAAACCAGAGAUCGCAUCCCAUGUUGAGGCAGAAGCUGCAGACGAAGCUCCUAGACCUUCUUCUGCGGCCGGAAAGUUUGAGAAAGUGAAGGAGAGGAUUCUAGAGAUGAUCAAAAUAAGGAAGAAGCUCAAGACUAAAGAUGGUACUUCCAGCGAAAGACCUACUACUCCGAAGGAAGAUGCCAGAGAAGAAUCAAGUCGACCAGAAACUCCCCAGACGAGUAGAUCUCAGACACCGCAGUCUUUAAGGCCUGACACACCAGAUUCUAAAUCUAGCAAGCCACCGAGCAGACCACACACACCGGAUGUGUCUAAAGGAGAGGAUUCCAAGAAAGGUUUCAAUAUUGCUGAUUUCUUAAAGAAAGGUUCUCCAAAAUACCUGAGGAAGAAAUACAAAGAAAGGAAACAUAGGAAAUCAGAUUUGAUCACAACGUCCGAGAGCGAGAGUGAAGAUGCAGAGGGUGCCAGAAAGGACAUUGCUGCUUCCAGUAAUUCCUCCUGUAAAAAAGUAUCCCAUGGGGAAAGUCAGUCAAGCCUCAAAGGAAGCAAUCGAUCCCUCAGUUCUUCUCAAGAAUUGAAGAAAGAGGUUCGCUUCGAUCUCGACAACGACCAGCAGAUAAAAGGCUCAAAUAAUUCUUCAAGUUCCAAAGACCUUAAAAGUGACCCCAAUAAGCCCAUAAUCUUAAAGGAGAUAACUAAAGACACACACAGGAUUUCAGGUCCGCAACUAGUCACAUGCGAAGCACAGGAGCAGGAAACUAUUGUUGUAAGAGAAAUGGAAGAAACGACACAAGAGUUAGAGAGUGACAUCAUAAUCACCUUACCCACUUCUGUUGAGGCUAUAAAUAACAGAAAUGAAAACCUUCUACCUAGACUUCCAGAAAGAGCUAAACCUCCAAGAAGAAAGAAAAAGCUUAUUCCAAUAACAGUCGAGGAGCUCUCUGCUGAGUGCUCGGACAAUACAGCAUCAACUACUUCCAGUGAGUCAGUAAAAAUUAAUGAUACAAAAACAAAUGAACCUUUAAAGUCUCCCGAACCAAAGUUAGGUGAAUUGACAAAGACAGAUGAACCAAAGUCAGGCGAAGGAAAAACAGAAGCAAAACCCGACGAAUCAUCAAAGGUAGUGGAACUAAAAGCAGAGGAGAACAGAGACUUAAAAGAAACAAAGCCAGAGGACUUAACAAAGAUAGUCGAAGAAAAAGAAAUUAAAAUAGUACAGACUACCAUAAUAAAAUCAACUAAUGUAGUUGAGGUAGACAAACCUGAAUCAAGUGAAGUUAAGUGUGAGAUAUUCAAAAUUCAGUCUCCUGCGAAGGAGGAAUCUCCUCCACCCCUUCCUCCUUAUGAAGAAGUUUUAGACUUGCCGAAAGAUGUACCAAAUACUGUAAUUGUAAUUGAACAGAGUCAGCUCACAGAGAAGAAAAUAGACAUAUCUGUGGCACCUUCGAAAGCCACGGUCUCUGAUGAAAUAGCAACUCAAGCCCAAACAACUGCACUGUUGCAUGACAAAAAAGAAGCUUCUCAAGGAAAUGAUGCAAAGAAACUCUCUCAAGAAAAUGAUGCCAAGAAACUCUCUGAUGAAGAUACAUCUCCCCCCUGCCAGGUUACAGCUGAAGAUUCUGAAGUUCCUCCUGCUGAGGAAAGUCAUUCAUCUCCUGCCACAGACAACAUCACUGACAGUGAGACAUUAGUGGCCCCACUACCUGUAACGUCUGUUGCAUCAGUAUCAGUAGCCCCAUCUGAGAUGUCUGCAAUGACAAUGUCUCCGCCCAGGAGUUUGCCUAUUAUUCAAGAAUCUGUACAAGAAGAUCAAACAUCUUUACUUACACCAAGUGAUCCAACUGCACCAGCUAGUCUUAAGAGCACUACUCCUACUUUUCCAGUACAAGAGGAAGAAAACUUCCAGUCGGUAUAUGACAAUGUUAAUCCUUUUCAAGAAAUGAUAGCACAGGAAGAUAAGAAAACACUUGCUGAACUAGAAUCAAAAAUAGCUAGUGAUGAGUAUGUAGUCCCUGUUGUAAGAGAUGUGAAGGUUGAAGUCAAUUUGCCGCAAGAACCUGGUUCUGUAGAUGAAGAUAAUAAAUUGAGUUCUCCACGGGAAGCUUGCAAGAGCCCUGGAUUUGAGAAGGACAAAAUAAAUAGCAUUGAUGAACUCGCAGCAUUGACUGCGGAAAUGUUCAACUUUUCAGGAGAGGUUGACGAAGGUGUAAAGCCAUCAAAAUUGCUGAAAUCUCUUGAAAGACCCCGAUCGGCAACACCUAAAGAAGAGAAAGUAAAGAAAACAAAAGAAAUUGUGACACAAACAGAACCAGAAGUUCCUGUUCGGUCUUCAUCAGUGAAAGAAGCCAAGACAAGUAACACCAUCGCAAUACAAACAGAUCCAACCAGAAAUGUUCGCAUGUAUGAAGCAGCAUCUCAAACUGACACUGAAUAUGAAACAGAUCUCGAAACAGAAUCAGAGUUGGAUGAAAACCCUGCAGUCAGGUACGAUUGUAGUAAAUGGCUGUUUGGAUCACCAUCAUCAUCAUCAUCAGAAGCACGACCAGUCCCUCCACCAAGGGACCCUCACCUACAGGAGCUGCACAAACAGCAAAAAGUACUGAUCCAAGAGUUGCAGCAACAAUCGGUAAUGCAACAGCAGAGACAGAAGGAAGCGCCCGAAGCUCCUCCUCGACAGUUCCAGGAGAAAAUGCCCCUACGAGUCGUAGAUGAGCUGAAGACUGUAUUAGCGGAAGCUGAAGUUUCAAGUCCUAAACUGAAGAAAACCACAGAAACUCCUCCUCGAUGGGACAAAGAUCUCUCGUGGGAUAACGCGAUACUGGAAUUAGGCUUGGACGAGUCGACGCUCCUGAACGAAAUCGAGCAGAUCCUAGGCUUCGGCCCAUUGGCCGCUGCCACCGAAGCGUCCACCAAUCAGGAGCCGCCGCCUCCGCCUCGCCCGCUUCAACCGGCAGCGUCUGCUGGAGUCGAGCCGGGCCGAGGAAGUCGGAUUCCGGUUCAAAGAGACCGCCGAUCCGGCAGUCCGCUCCGCAACGGGGGCGGGGAGAGUUUGAAGCCCGAGGGGGAGUCCAGUCAAGGAGUGUGGUCCCCCGGGAGAACGGGCAGAGACGAAGACGGUUCGGGUCCUUCCAAAAUCGACCUUCCGGACCUCCCGUCCUUCAAGGAUCAACCCAGCGUCUGGAGUCCUAGCAGAGGCAAAAGCCCAACGACGUCUUCAGGGACGUCGUCGAGAAGUCGCCAUUCCUCCAGCAGAUCGGAGGCGAAAGCGUCGUCGAAGUACUCGGGCAGCGCAAGUCCCAGCCUAGGUCGCAAAGAGUACAGGAAGGUCGGCUACGACGGAGUCAACACAUUGACAAAGCGACCAUCUCAGGAAAACAUCCGAGCACCCCUGCCGGAGGAGAGCUUCGCCUGGAAGGACUCCGAGGCUGAGAAACUGGCCAAAUCCCCGACCACCAGCCUCCCUCGGGUGCAGAAUCCUACGGUGACGCUCCUACAGAAGAAACGAGAUGACCCGCAUUCUACAACAGAGGGUCAAAUUCCUGGAAAGAAACCAGAGUAUCUCAGACCAGACGAAGGGCCUCUGUACAGACCAGAUGAGAAACUUUACACAAUCAAGAGAGAAUACGAAUCAGAGGGCGAAGACGGCAGCAGACGAUUCGCGGUCCUAGGCCCCAAAAAGGUGCAGGGGGUGGGCCCCACCACCAACGAUGGUAUCCCAACCACCCUCAAGUCCGGUGUGAAAUCAGAGCACCAAGGGGAGUGGUACAGAAGAAUGUUUGACUCUCUACACAAAGUUAAGGAUGACGACCACAUCAUCGUCAAAUACAAAAUAAGCCCGCGAGCGCGCUACGGGGGCUAUAUGUCGGAGCCAGAAGGCUAUGACUCUGACGUGGGCGGCUCUAGGUACGGUACCCUCGACAGGCGCCGCCCUUACCACUUCGAAGCCGACCCUAUGAGUGCCAGCUUGCCGAGAGACUACAGCGUCGAAUUAUUGGACCCUUUCUUCAGGAAUACCAACCGUUACGUGCACCAGCCUGGCCGCAUCGAGGAUUACAUCCCGGGCCAUUCCUCUCUGUCGGAGAAAGAAGCGAGGAAGAAGAGAGUGAGUAAACACCCGGAGGCAGACAUAAAACUCGAGGCAAAGUCUCAGGAGCCGCCCCCCACAUCAGCUAAUCAUAGGUUGGCUUCGCAGAAGAUGUCAAUGACCCAUGCCCUGAAAGAAUCCGGAUACGAAAGCGACAGUACGUUAGUGUUCAAGAAACGCGAGGACGCCCGACGUCAAAUUCCAGACCCUAGAAAAACCAGCCAAGUUUAUCGACAGAUUCAACGAGGUGGUGAUAUACCUUUGACAGGUCUACAGAAAGUUCCCCCUGCAAGACCAAAAGACCCUGUGAUCGGACCAGUACCGUUUCCGUUCCUCUCAGGGAGGCAGGCAUCACCUCCCAGUCGACCAGAGUCGCCCUACAAGUAUGAGUCCGGCGAGGUGAACAUCCACUACCGCACGCCCGUCAGGAUAGAGCAGAAGGAGUCCAUCCCGGAGGAAGAGCUCGCCAGACGGCAGGAGGAACACAUGAAGAAGGUCUAUGAAAACGAGCGUCGCAAGAAGUACCUCGCCGAAUUGGAGGACAUCGAGCGCAGGCGACACACCGACAACUUCACGCCCUUACAGAAGUCCCCCAUUCCUCUCAAUCGUUAUGACGACGAGGCGGGUCUUGGUACCCUGCGGGGCACGAGGACCCCCGAGCCCAAGCAGGUGGCGAAGGCGUUGUACAACUUCACAGCACAAAAUAAACGGGAGUUGACCUUUAACAAGGGAGAGAUUAUCUUCAUCCGUCGCCAGAUCGACAAAAACUGGUACGAGGGAGAGCUUCGGGGAUCCGUCGGAAUUUUCCCCUGCAACUAUGUAGAGAUUGUGCCUUAUGACAACAUCAAAUCUAUCCAGAGAAAACCGACAGAGGGUCAGGCCAGGGCCAGAUUCAACUUCCAGGCUCAGACCUCUAUGGAAAUGUCCCUCAGUAAAGGAGAACUGGUCGUGCUGUCAAGACGCGUCGACGAAAACUGGUACGAAGGAAGGAUAGGAACUCGUCGAGGAAUCUUCCCAGUAUCCUACGUCGACACCUUAGUGGAACCGGGUCCUGAAAGACCAAUGACACCCAGCUCCUCGCCCAUGCCACGGCCUGCACUGCCUGCUGCUAAUCUGCUCUACAAUGGUGCCUCCUCCUACUCCAGCCCUUACUCCACCUUGGGCCGUCCGGGAAGUCAGAAUGAUUCCAGACCAUAUAACCAAUCCCUCACUGUGAACACCCAACAAGAACCUGUCCCAUACCGAGCACUCUACAACUACAAGCCUCAGAACGAUGAUGAGCUGGAGCUUCUGGAAUCAGACAUCGUGCUCGUCAUGGAGAAAUGUGAUGACGGCUGGUUCGUCGGUACCUCCCGGAGGACUGGACUCUUCGGGACCUUCCCUGGAAACUACGUGGAGAAAGUCUGAGAGAGAGAGAACACGAUGGAAGAAGUCUGCUGGACUAAUAAUCCCCCCCAAAGGCCAAAGUCUCAUUAUAUCCCUAAUUUCGUAGCCACGAACCGCAAGAGUAUACAUCUGGGCGGAUGAUGAAGAUUAAUAUAUUUACUAUAUGUGGAUGUUGACGACCAGACAACAUAGUUAUGGUACCUUUCCAGGAAAGUCUGAGAGAAAAUACAACACAUGGAAGUCCGGAUUAAAAAAAAAACCCUCUUUAAAGGUCAAAGCUUUACCCUAAUUUAAUAGCCAUGAAACAUAAUAUAUAUAAAUAUAAAUAUAUAUAUAUAUACAUCUGGGCACUGAUAGGUAUUGAUGCCCGGAGAAGGAAUAUGUCCCAUUUUUUCCACGGUGUUUAUAUGUUCAUAGACUCACUUUAUAAAUCAUAAGAAACCUGAAGGUGAACGAGAGCUAUAUAUAGAGAGAGAUUAGUGUUUGUGUCUUCUGGAAAUCUGGUGAAAUGGGACGCAAGAGGUGAAAGCAGUGUGUUUUGUUUCGUCUGGGUUUCUUGAGAAAAAUAAUUAUUAAAUUUUUUUUUAAGUUCUUCAUUAUACAAACUCUGAAGGCCAGAUAUCUAUACAAGCCACCUGUUUAUAAUAAAAGACACUCGAGUUACUAAAACAAAUAUUGGAAUGAAGUUUCUUAUAUAUUUACAGAACAGAAAAAAAAUUUCAGAGGGAUUAAAUGGUCAAAUUCUGUGCCAAUAAUUGAAAAUUUUGUUAUUUUUUGCAAUUGGUUUUAUUUUUAAUCGUGAGUUUUGCCGCACCGACCAUCUCAAAGCUUUUCAUUGAUAAUCCUGGUUCAUCAGUGUCUUUAAAAAAUUCAUGGUUUAUCAAUAUAUCUUUGGAAAGAUCUUGAUUUAUCAGUUUUUUUAAUCAUGGUUUAUCUGUUUCUGAAAAAAUAUAUCUGGUUUCUCAAUGUCUUUGAAAGAAAAAAUCAUGGUUUAUGCAGUGUCUUUGAAGAAAAAUCAUGGUUGACCAGUGUCUUUGAAAAAAAAAUCAUUGUUUAUCAUUCUGGAAAAUUCAUUGUUUAUCAGUGUCUUUGAAAGAAAAUCAUGAUUUAUCAGUCUUUGCAAAAAAAAAAAAAUCAUGGUUUACAGUCUGGAAAAAAAGUCAUGGUUUGCCAGUGUCUUUGAAAAAAAAUCAUGGUUUACCAGUGUCUUUGAAAGAAAAUCAUGGUUUACCAGUGUCUGAAAAUAAAAUCAUGGUUUACCAGUGUCUGUGCAAGUUGGGAAAAAAUAGAAAAAAAAAAAAACACCGUUUCUGUUGCUGCUGAAUUUUUUUCAACGAAGACGUCCAGAUGUGAUCACGCAUUUUAAGGGGAGGGUCUGCUGGUGCUGAGAAAAAAAAAAUAAAAGCAAAUUGACCCUCUGUGCGUGCUCGCGCGCGUGUGUGUGUAUGUAUAUCUCAAAAUACUAUAUAUAUAUAUGCGAAUCUUUUAUAUAUAUGAUUGUGGAAAGAUUAUGGCUUUUUAUCCUUCAUCAGUCAACGAGGCCCAUCUUUUUUGUCUAAGGAAAAAAAAUAUCGCCAAAAAAAUAUAAGUAAAUAAACUGUUUGGUAGUGAACACAUAAUAUGAUGAGAAACGGUUCAGGUUUUUUUUUAAUGCACGUGUCUAGUCACGCCCAAAGUGAAUUUAUUAAAUGAAAAAAAAAACAUUUGUUUUUUUUUUUAUGUAGAUGUCUUGUUACCCCCUCUGCCGGUGCUUUCUUCAGACGUAAUAAUCUUAGCAAUCUUGACUAAAAAAGGUUUUUUUAUAUAAAGAGAGAGGGAGAGAGAGUCCACCCGACGAGGAGGAGGAGGAAGACGACCUCUGGUGGAAGACCUCCGAUGGUGGGUGGCUCAUCCCUCGAAAAAAGCAUUGCACGAUUUUUCCAAGGUUUUUUCGUCUAAACGUAAUCCGUGCUUUUCUAAUAUUGCUCCUCCUGCCUUUUCCUGCCUUAUCGUUGUUUUUUUCCGUUGAUUUUUUUUUUAAGUCUUUGAGAGUCUUCUUCGUUUAUUCACCUCAUUUUAUUAGGCAUUAUGUGAAUACUGGAGUGAAUAUGGAUAUAUAUAGCUUUUAUAUAAAUGCAGUAAUGACUGAAUGCCUUUCCUCUUAACCUAUCGUAACGAUGAUCACUGUCCUUCUCAGCCGUUCAUAUUUAUUCUCUGAGAAACAGAUGUCACUAGAGUAGGUUUGUAAAGAAGAAGGAAAAAAAUAAAUAAAUACGAAUUCUGCCUGUUUCAUCGUCUGUACAAGUUUUUUCCUGGAAAAAAGAACAUCGUAACCAGAGAGUGCUGAUGAAUGGAUUCACUUUGGUGCCCGAGGAACAGCAACUGUUUAAAACCAGUCGUCAACCAGUCGUCGUAAUGUAUUUCAGCAUUCAAUAUUUCGUCUGUCGAAUGUAUUGUACAAACACUAUUUUUUUCUCAUUUUUUUUCUACUUUGUAUGACCGACGAUUUUUUUUAUAUAUAUAUAUUUUGCCGGACAAUCCAUGAAGAGAAGUUUUAAACAUUUUCUGUUUUUGUGUCAUUGAAUGUGGGACAUUUUGAACAUUUUCUGUUGAAAUGUAUAUUGAGUAGGGGGCACUUUAAACAUUUUCUGUUUAAAUGUCACUAAGUAGGGGACAUUUUUAAACAUUGUGUUUAAAUGUCAUUAAGUAGGCGACAUUUUAAACAUUUACUGUUUAAAUGUUACUGAGUAGGGGGUCAUUUUAAACAUUGCCAGUUUAAAUAUCGCAGAUUAAGGGAUAUUUAAAACAUUUUCUGUUUAAAUGUCACUGAAUAAGGGACAUUUGUAAACAUUUUCUGUUUUAAUGUCACUGGAUAGGAGACAUUUUUAAACAUUUUCUGUUUAAAUGUCAUUGAAUAAGGGACAUUGUAAACAUCGCCUGUUUAAAUGUCACUGAAUAGGUGACCUUUGAAACUUUUUCUGUUUAAAUGCCACUAAGGGACAUUUUUAGACAUUGUUUAACUGUCACAGCAGAAUGUGGGACCUGCCACUUCCCUUCUUUUCUGGUGGGAGACAGGCUGCCUGUUUCAGCAAAAAGUGGCCCCAUUAUAUAAGAGGAAAUAUUCCCAGCCUUAGAGAGGAUGAAUUUUUAUACGAGAUAAAUAGAAAAAGUAAACUGUAGUUUUGUGAGGUCCUAUCUUUCUGUUUUCUUUGAGGAAAUCAAGAAGACGACUUGAGGGUCUGAGAAGUUCCCCCUUAUAUGAGAAGGGCUCUCUGUGCUUCCUUUUUUAUCAUAAAAAUAAAAUCUUCCUCACCUUUCUUUUUUUUUUCACGAUGACAUCCAUUAUGUUAUUUACAAAGAUUAAGUGCUGUUAACGUUUAAGAUUUCUUAGCUUAGCCAAAUUUUUAUUGAAUAUGUUUGCUUCUGUUUGUUAUGAGUCGAGUUCUUGAGCAGCAAUUGAGACUUGUGGGUGAGUUUUCAAUGAGACAAGGAAUAGUUUUCGUUUUAUGGAAUGAGAACACGAACCCUUACUUGGCAAGGAGCGAACCCCUAUUCACAAUUGCUGUUCAAGGCUUCCAUUACUGAUUAGUUUAGUUUAAUUCAACAAGGCACCACCCCUACACUGAAUAUAGAAAGCUUUGCCUCAACAGAUACGAAAGAAAUGAAAAAAUACCAUUCUGAAGCUGUAAAAAAUAAAUAUUUAAAAAAAAUAUCAAGUGCCUUUUCACGGUAGAAAUUGUAAUAACGGUUAGAUCAGAGGAGUUUGCCAGUAGCUGUUCAACCUCACACACACACACACACACAUCACACACACCAUUCGUUACUGAACAUUUUUUGCCCUUCAUCCCCUCAAACAAAAAAUACAAAAAAAAAUAAGUUAUGGGUUGUCAAAUGUCACCAAACUGAAUCUCAAAGGAAAAUAUUCUACAAGAGAAAAAUAGAAAGGGGGUAUUUGUGGGCAUCUUCACUUCUGUAUAAUUCUCUCCUGUUGUUAUGCACAAUUUACUUUAGCUAAUCAUGUAGAGAUAUGAAAAUAAAAAGGAAAGAAUAAA